AAUGUGGGACUUAUUCCUCUGCCUGUUACCUUCUUUGCUGCUGGUCCUGGUUACGAUAUUGCGUCGUUGGAACUGGAUCAGUCGUCUUGCAGAUAGUACUAUUCAGCAGUUAGGUCGCUGUAUGUGGAUUAUGGCCUGUAGACUCUUGAAGCUGCCAUGCUUUACAGUAUCAGGAUCCAUAGAAGAAUGCCAGGCAGAAGUCAGACUGAUCUGUAAACCCACGGCCCUUGCCAGCCACCUGAAGAAACACUGCUAUACUUUGGCCCAGCCUCCUCUGGCAAGAUGGCCUCAGGCCGACCCUCAUUUUCAGAUAAUUACCAAUCUCAUGUGGCCCACAAAGGAAGGUGCUGAACUGAAAGGAGGAGUCCGCUUUACACGGGAUAACCUUCUUCUAAAGGAUGGGGGUAUUGUGGCCCUGGAUUGGGCUGCAAGUCUGACGGAUCAACAAGCUCAAGCCAAAAGAAAUCAUCAUCCUGGAGGGAGAUUUCUGGGCCAUCACUCUAGUAAUCCUGCUAUUAUUGUUAUAAUUCCCAACGCCCUAGGCAGAGUAACACCACACUUGCUCAUGUUGUGCUACAAGUCUUUGCAACAGGGUUUCUAUCCAGUGGUUUUCCAUCGACGUGGUCAUAGUGGUUGCCCAUUGACUACUCCACACUACCAGGAGUUUGGAAAUACUUCUGACCUUGCGCAAGCAGUAGCGUACUUGCGGAGUCAUUAUCCAUCCUCAACUUUGCUUGCAGUAAGUGAGGGCUCGGGAUCAGGGUUACUGCUGUCUUAUCUCGGGGAAUGUGGCUCUUCAUCCUACCUGACGGCCGCUGCUUGCAUCUCUCCUGUGUUUCAUGGACAACUUUGGUUUGAGUAUGAGCUGCCUUGGCUCUAUCACUGGAUAACCCUCAUCUACCACAAGUUUCAAAUAAACAGGUACGCCACUGCUUUGAGCUCUGUGAUGGAUGUAGCAAAAAUUCUACAUUGCAACUCCUUGCAAGAUAUGGAAAAGCUCAUGUUCUGUGCUCCUAAGCAGUCGGAGCAAAGAAUGUCAGACUCAGUGGACAAUGUUGGAAAGGACAAUUUAAGAUUAUCGGUGAAGCCUGACUGGCCAAGUUACUGGGAGAGGAAUGAACCUUUACGAGAUGCAGACGAAGUGGCAGUGCCAGUGCUCUGUUUGUGUAGCCAAGAUGACCCUCUUCUUCCACCUCUCUCCACUGUACCUGAGGGACUUUUUCAUAAUAGCCCUUACUUCCUGCUGGCUGUGACGCAACAGGGAGGACACUGCGGCUUUAUGCAUGAGGAUGGUCAUGGAGGUAUUACUUCCUGGAGUCAUUCUGUGGUGCUGGAAUACUUUAGGGUAGUUGCCGAUUUCUUCAUGGUAGAGGAGAAGAAAAGCUUCAAAGAUGUUAUUGCACAAUGUGGCAGCCAGAGUCUGAAGCAUAGUGCCAGUGCUGUGCAGUCCAGAAGAAGAACAACUUUGCUCCGGAAAGAAAGGCCCAUCCGAAGACGGCAAAUCUCAACUCCCUCUGACAAAUUCACAUUCGAAGAGGAACAGGAGGAUUUUACUUGGAAUAGAUCCUACACGCGCUGAGUGAAGCAGGUAGUACCAUAAGGUCAUAGCAGAUUGGCAGUGCUAAACUUCCUACCAGUAUACGUUUAAGAAAUAUGAGGUGCCCUUUGUUAAGAAACCACAGUUUUGCAGAAAUGAGUAAGGAAGACACCAUGGAAGAUGAAGGGAACAAAAUGGAAAGACCAUGUUGAUAGACAAAAGGGAUAUCUACUGACUGGCAAGGGACUUAAUUAUGUUGACAGCUCAGCCUAUAGCAUUAGAUGAUAUAUUUAACCAAUUGUUUGUACAAAUUAAGUUGGAACAAGUUGGUCAAACUCUGUGUGCGAGAAAGUUUUCCCCUCAGAAGACGAAGAGGUCUGUCUAAAUUUUGGACUCAUUAUCU